UCCAGCAUCAAGUAUUAUCGGAGACUUUAUGAGUAAAUAUGAAGAUAUAUCGCAUUGACUUGUAUUUAAUUGUUCUAUUAGGAAUUCAGUCAAACAAUGCUGAAUAUAUUGACGAUGUUAUAUUGGUCGUCAAAAAAGCAUUUCAAGAUGGACAUGUAGCUGCUGUUUGGGGCCAAGCAGUAGAUCCAGAUGUGAUCACUUACUUUCUAAUUAAAUACCAAAGUCCAGUAUUUACUUUGAACAUAAGCGAAACAGACACUAAUCCCACAACUUUCAUGCAAACAGUAUUUUUCGCCAAAGAGCCGUACGAGUUUCAUUUAUUUUUAACAGAGAUAAAUUUAAUAAUAGUGAAUCCUAUACGAAUUAUCCUUGUUCUGGAAGAAAAUACAACAGAAGAUGUGAAAGCUUUCACUGAAACAGCAUACACAAAUGACAUUGGAGAUAUAGUUGUAGUAAGCGUGGAUAAACAAGGUAAAACUCAACUAUCAACUUACUUUCCUUACGAUAAUGGCAUGUGCGAUGAUAGUGAACCAAAAAUUUUGAAUCCUGACAAAGAUCUUUUUCCGAGGAAAUAUAAAAAUCUACACGGCUGUCCUGUUAGAGUAACUGCUGUCAAUUUCAUACCGUAUGUACGAUUUAACUAUACAAACGAUACUGUUUUCGAAAUCGGAGGAUUCGAUGGAAGAUUUGUAAGGCACAUCAUUGGUAGAAUGAAUGCGACGAUAAAAAUUGUGGUCCCCCAGAACUAUAGCGAUAUAAACGCUACAACUACAGAGUCUUUUACAGCGCUCGUUGAGGACAUCGCUGAUGUAAUGAUACCGUCUGUGCUAGUUACGAUGGAGCGGUACCAGUCCUCUCAGAUAUCCUAUAUCUACGACACGCUAGACCUCGUUUGGUGCAUACCGAAGCGGCAGGAAAUCUACCAGUGGGUUAAAGUGUUGCUGCCAUUUUACAAUUACUACACUUUGAUUAUUAUCGUGUCAUUCGUAAUGUUCUUCAUAUCGAUCAAACUUAUAAGGAAAUACACAAGAUACAGAUACACGAGGAGCAUAACUUUUGGAUUGUACGGCCUAUUUUUUACGCAGGCCAUCAAGUUUCGAACUGGAUCAUGGCUUGUAAACUGCCUUCUGAUUCUGUGGGUUUGGUUCUCCUUCAUCGUCCGUAUUGCUUAUCAAGGUGAGCUAAUAGAGGGCCUCUCACAUUCGAUACUGGAACCGGCUACCGAAACCGUAAAAGAGGCUUUGAAAAUUGUAGACGAAGUUGUAGGUCUAGAUUCGUACAUCGAGUUCUAUAGAAACACGUCGAUCGAGGAACGAUUCAAAUCCAUAGCACUAUCGGAAGUAAAGGACUAUGUGGAAGAAAUUUCCAAAGGAAAGAAGUCGAUGCUCGUUUUGGACGAUAUGUUGGUUAAAUUGUAUGGAUACGAAGUACAAGUUUUGAACGAGAAGGUUGCGAAUGCUCCAGACUGUAUUUUUAUGAGACCGCGGUGGCCCGCGGCUAAAGAAGUCCAUAGGCGUAUAGUUGAGUCAGCAGAGGCCGGUUUGGUGUCUAAAAUAACCAGUCAGAGUAGAUUCGGAUGGGUUUUCAAAUACAACUCGACGCGAAUUCCCCGGAAAUAUACGCCUUUGGACAUGAUGACCUUGAGCUCGUGUUUCUAUGGUCUGAUGGUGAUGUGGAUAACCUGCUUCCUAAUUCUUUUGCUGGAGAUUUCAAAGAAUAAGUACAGUCGAAAGUAA